ACCGCCGAACACCGCCCGAACAAGGAGAGGCAUCGACUUCGGUAGAAGUCGUGACAUAGGACUGUAUUGUGUCUGUUUUCCCAUAUUUCUUUGUCAUAGAUAUAUACCAGAUGGACAUAUAACUGUUUUUCCCUACUGAAUGUCAGUUGAGCUGGAGUGACUGUGUUGGAGUCCUCAGUGUAGCCAAUGAUGCUCAACCGUCACUCAACUGUAGUCGAGAGUGUCUAGUUGUGUCCUGGAACCCGCUAGCUGGGAUGAGUGGUGUCAAUGAGCAGGUUCAUGUCAAGAUCAACCACAUGAGUCAAAGCCGCAAACCAGCGUCACCACUUCACCCCUUCAGAGGGGAUACAGUGGCGCGGACAAACCAACAGGUGGCGCUAUCCUGUUUAACCCUGCCUGCAGGAGCGCCAUGAACCGUAACCUGAUCUUAGCAGAAACCUUGUUGAUACGGGUUGUUUCUGCAACCGGCUGAUGUUCAUUGUUCCGUACGUGGACUACAGACUGGGUUUGACUGAGCAUGUAUCUAGAGAAUGGAUAUAUUGGACUUAGUUUUACAGUAUCUGCCAGCGCUACAUGCUUAGUCUGUGUACAACAAUGACAGCCACAGUACUUUAGCUAUCUAGUACAAAGAUAACUGCACAAUAAAGACAUGAUUUCAUGUUCAGUGGGAGCGCUGGUCCACCAUGCAUCAGGGAUUUAAAUCCUCUUCAGCAGCUGUACAUCCUUGAGCGUGUACGGUACAAUAUGGCAAGCAACAGUCGAAGUCAUCUGGUAAAUAGGGAAGUUACUUCUUGACUGCUUCUCACAUUCUAAUAUUGUUCUAGCUGCCAUUUCAAUGUCAUCAUUUUUAACAUUAGUAGUGAUUUUGGUGACACACUAGACCUUCAGAAAAUCUGCACUGCUUCAUGCAUCACUUGCUCAGAUUACCCAGUGGACAGUGUGAUAGGGUGCACUGUAGCAGGGCAGAGCUGGCACUAGAAAUUCCACAGCAACAGAUGGAGUAUGAAGGUCACCCAAAAUUUCCCACCAAGCUAAUUAAAAUCCCACCAAGGGAGGGAAGGAAGAAGGGCAGGGAUAGAGAGAUAGCUGUCUCGCUGCUGUGAAAGGCUAUUUUGGGGGGAAACAAACAAUGGAGGGAAAUAGAAGCAUCUCCUUCUUAAGUUGCCAGCUCAGUGUUCCUUGUAUAGUGACCCUUUUGUCAUAAGCCUGUCAGCGUUCCGGUGUCUGAACACAGCUCAGCUCUGUCCACUGAUGCCACUUUUCUGUCUGUCUGUCAUUCGACUGAAGAAAGGUUGGCCCUUAUUUGCCUUGGUGCAGAUUAAUAUUUGUAAAGGUUUCAAUGGUGGCUGAUGUUCCCCUCUUUAAUUAACCUGAGGCUCUGUCUGUAAUUGGGGCUGUGCAUUAUGUGGCCUGCCGCUGCCCCGUGGUCCACAGACUAAUUGGUCAUUAUAAUGUAAUGGCUGGAUGGAUUUGAUUCCUUCCAUCAUUGGGACAAUGGCUAAUUGGAACGAGCACAAAUAAGCCAUCCAUCGCUUUCAUAUGCAAGUGGCUUUCUUGUCAUGAACUAAACCCUGUAUUUAAAGGUUAAUGGAGAUGAGACAAAAUGAUGUAUUGACAACCCUACAUUUUUAACCACUAAUGUGUGUGACCAUUUAUGGCAGUAGCUGUCACAUGGAACACUGUACCACUAAACUGUGCCUGUCAAAAGCAGAAUGGCUUGCAGAUAUUUGUUUGGGUCUUCCUGCGUGUUCUCCCGUGGAUUGGUCUGAUUGUCUUAGUUAGCUGUUGUGUCUCUUUGAUUGUAUACAUCUGGCAGUGUGCUGAGUCAAAUAAGUGUCCCCAGCUGCACAGAGAGCGUCUUUGGGAUGGAUGGAUGGGUGGGUGGCAUUCAGUGCCUCGUUCACUGAACCCAGCACCUGACUGUUCCUUUCACAUGACUGACACCCUGACCAGCCCCAUUACCAUCCUGACCUCUGACCUCACAGGGACUAGCAGACCUCAGCCUCCCCCUCCAACCACCCACCCUCAUGCCAGCUAGCCUCUUGUAGUCUGACUCCAUGUUGUCCAUCCACAAGCUGAGUCACAGUCUGUGUCCCUGUCUCUGCCCCUGCGCCUCUAUCUCCUGGCCCCACACCCUGGAUGUCUGUGGCCCCAGGACCAGAAGAAGAACUACAGAGCAGUGCAGUCCUGUGAGGAGGGGACUGGGGGGGGCUAUCUUGAGCCACUAGUGGCUAUGGCUCAGAACGGAGGCAACAUGCACAAUGUACUGGGGCCUGCCUGCAUCUUUCUACGCAAGGGCUUCGCUGAGAGCCGGCAGGCUGUACGUAAGUCCAGACACAAACAGACACAUGCCCAUAAUGCAUGCAGAGACACAUUUACCGUAUGUAGCUGCACCUGAUAAAACAGUGUUCAAAGCUUACACACAAUCAUACAGACAUUCUGUCUUUGUCUGCUUCUUUUUCACCCACGUUGACCAAUACACUCCUUAUGGACUCAAAGAAGAAGGAUAGAGAGCUGAGGCCGGAGGAAAUGGAUGAGUUGCGUGAGGCUUUUAAAGAGUUUGACAAAGACCAUGAUGGCUUCAUCGGCUGUAAAGACCUGGGCAACUGCAUGAGGACCAUGGGCUACAUGCCUACAGAGAUGGAGCUGAUUGAACUGAGCCAGCAGAUCAAUAUGAACUUGGGAGGACAUGUUGACUUUGAGGACUUUGUGGAGCUGAUGGGGCCAAAACUUCUGGCUGAAACAGCAGAUAUGAUUGGGGUCAAGGAGCUGAAGGACGCUUUUAAAGAGUUUGACACCAAUGGUGAUGGCAAGAUCAGCACAUCAGAACUCAGAGAAGCAAUGAAGAAACUUCUCGGUCAGCAGGUCGGUCACAGGGACCUAGAAGACAUCCUGCGGGACAUUGACCUGAAUGGAGAUGGUCACGUAGACUUCGAAGAGUUUGUACGUAUGAUGUCUCGCUGAGUGACAGGUUAAGCACCUGUAGGCCAUGUUUCUGACUGGCCCCUUUCCUGGUAAGAGAGGAAGAGAAGGAGAAGAGAUGCCGGAGCCGUUACCAACGGACCACUUACCUCUGACUUCUGUACAACAGAAGGGGAAAGCAACAUAUCAACAACCGCCCUGCUACUGCCACAUCCGAAGACGAGCACAGAAGCUGCCGGAACAACGUCAGCGAUCAUGAUGCUGUAUGCUGCCGUCCUUAAGAGCACAACAGAACAACAGCCAGCCUCCCACAAUUUUACACUGUACAUUUCCGAUAUUAGAGGUGUUUGUAGGUGUUUACAGGGGCUAAAGAGCAAUGUGAUGUUUGAGCUACUUACAAUCAUUACCAUGGUUGGUUAAGGCUAUGGGAAAGUAAAUGAGACAUAUUGACAUUUUCUCAUGCCAGCGUCUCCCAUAACCAACCUAAAGCACCAUAUUCCCCUCUGGGGCCUUAAAAAGCUAAACUUUUUAAUGGCAAUAUUAUUUCAAUGUACCUACUGUCAAAAUAUGUAUUAUUCAUGUGUGCGUACGUGUAUGUUUGUGUGUACCUCAAUUCUCCCAUAUUGUACGAUUCCAUAUGUCUUAAGCUACUGUAGAGUUAGUUUCAAACCCAUGGCCUACGCUAGACAACUGUCUCUGUCUUGAAAUACAUCUCAUGUAUUAGCGCUGAUGCACUUCUUCAGAUUUUAUUGUUAUCUAACACAUAUGGAGUUACAUUAUACAAGCUUUGAACAUAGAUGGGGAACUGUUUUGAUAAAGGAAAGAGCAUUUUCAUGAAAACCGAAGACUGGGGAAUGGGGUAGCAAUCAUAAAUAAACUGUUUACGUCUGGCCAACCCAAUACCCCAAAAAUGUGUACAUUGUUUUGCAUGAAUACUGAGAUUGUAUGGAGUGACACACUGUCACUCCAUACAAAUCAACAAUGUGCACCACAGACAAACAUACACACUGUAAUUUAUUGUGGUGAUCAACAUAACACUGAAACCUGUGUCUCUCUAUGUGCGUAAAAUCAGUGUGUAUCUCUGUACUGAUGAGAGUGUGUUUGUGUUUGAGUGUAGAACUUGUGAGUUUUUGUGUGUCCCUUACUCAGUCUUAUUUGUGACUUUGAAUUUGUCUUGUGCGAUUCUAUGCAUGCCAAAUACUAAAACAAUGUGUAGCGUGGUAGUUGAGAAUAAACAGCUUUAUUGCAAUUAUA